GUGACAUUUAUUCGUUCUACUUUGAUUCAUAUUAUUUAUUGGUUUACUAAAAUUCAUUUCGAAUUAAUUAAUUAUGAACAUUUAACGACAUUUCGUACUAAAGUUUAAUUGAAUUGGAACAUUCAAAAUCAAAGUUUUUGAGUGAUUCUUGGCGGAGAGGGUUUUUAAUGUGUUUUUUAAAAGGAACAAUCGUUCUAAGAAUUGGAACAGAGUUUGCAUUUUUAUCAUUUGAAGAGAACUACUGAAAAUAGUGGUCGCUUUAUUUGUGUAAUUUUCAACAAGUGCAAUAUUUUAAGUUGGUCUUGCUAAUUUUGGUGGUUACGCCCACGGAUAAGUAAAGAAUGGAGCUGAUGAACGAGGAGGAUAUUCGUCAGUAUUUUAUAUCGAAUGGAGGUAGUGUUCGAAAUACAGACAUUGUCAAUCGUUUUCGAGUCUACUUGUCUAAUCCUGCCGUCAGAGAUGAGGCCCGAGUGUUGUUUAAAACUUAUGUAAACAAAUUGGCAUCCGUCAAAGUGGAGAAUGGUGAAAAAUUUCUCGUGUUAAAGCGACAAUACUUUCAACCAACUACUGAUGUGAACGGAAAUCCAAAGCAAUCGACAUACGGGUAUGGACCACCAAGCUCAGGAGGAGGAUCAACAACAGCGAUGUAUGGAAGUGGGGGGAAUAUUAAUGCACAAGUUUACAAUCAGCAACCUUAUUCUGCGCCUAACAAUGCAAAUCAAUUAAUAAGGCGACAAAAUUCACAAUCACAACUUUACGGAUCGCAGUUUUCUCUGAGUUCCAAUUAUAUGGAUCCUUAUAAUAAUGGACCUGCAAAUACUUCUCAGUAUCCAGCCCAUCACAAUGCCGCAAGCUCUGCGACCCCAGCCAAUUUUUAUCCAGCCUCCCACUAUUCUCAACCACCUGCGCCAACAUUAUCACAAGCUCACAAAUCUCCGCAGCAGCAGCUACCAUUGCAAAAUAUUAGCAUGCAGCAACAGCCUAUUUAUGGAAGUGCGACAGACUUUCCUCCAGAAUGGUCUUCCUACUGUUCCAAGUACAGUGAUAUCUCCCCCACGAAGAUUUGUCAGUCCACAGAAUUCAUAUGGGAGCAGCAACAGUGGGGGAAGGGCACCACCCCCAUAUCGCCCUCCCCCACCCGCAGGAAGAUUUACAACUUCUCCACCAACAGGAGGAUUACCUCAUGGAAUAUCAAGACGUAGCUCCAUGACGGCAGUGGG